AUGUUGCGAUAAAAUUAGAAUUAUGAAGGAGAAAAUUCUGAGAUAAUCAAGCUUGGGUUGCUAAUUGAAUUCAAUCACUAUCAAUAGGGAUUAGGUUUUUAAAGUUUAUCAGACAAUGGAGACGUUGGAGAUAAGAUGUUUGAGGCAUUAAACGCUAAGAAGUUUGAGGUGACAAGAAUAAAUUAUAGAUUUAAGCUCAAAUAAAAUCAGAAAUUCAGUGAUGUUUUACUUAAAAUUUUAAAAAAGAAUUAUACAAUCGCAAAAGCUAUUCAUUACUUGCAAGAUGCAAAGCAUAAUGAUAAGAAAUUCUUCUUAAUUAUUUUUGUUAGAUCACAUGCUUUUCUACCUAUAAACGGACAAUAUUUGGAGAUUGUUGAUCCUCAAGGGGCUGUGCAGUUUAACUUAUGUUGCAAUGCCCAUGUCCAAAGUCAUCUGAAAUUUUAAAGUCUUAGACAAUUCUAAAGAAUGAUAAUAAGUAACUAUGCUAAGGAUAUUUAGAAAUAUAACGCACUUCAUUUAAAAAUGAAAUUUGGAACGCUUAGCAAGAUCUUGAACAAACUCAGAAAAUUCUGA